AUGGACGAAAAACGUUUUUGGCAGAAUUUUUGUCCAUUAACUGCCGGCCGUCAGCUUCGAGACGCGAAUCUUGUCGUCCAUUGCGACGGCGGUCGCCGGGGCGACGCGUGCUCUGCAGCAGCUUGGAUCCUCGAGGCUGUCUGGGGGGACGGUUCGCAAAUUGUUUAUAUGGCUGGUGUGUUUGUGGAUGAGGUCGACGUUUUAUUUUCCUUCGUCGCUGAGGCCACGGCUCUCGACCAGGGCUCAAAAUUUCUUGCAGAUUUGCACGCCGCCACAACCCAAUAUGAAAGUUUGCAUGCUCUUUGA